GCGAAGUCGGCUUUCGAAUUCCACUUGCACCACUCAUCAUUGCUAUGGAUUGCAAAACGCGGAGGAUAGCUUUCCCAGAGUCCUUUGCACAGCCAAAGUUAGCUCUGUUACAGCGAAAGGCGAUUCCUAUGCUUAUGUGUUUGAGAGCACUAAUAUUGCAUUUGGGAUUUGACGGCCUUUCUUUCCUCUGGAUUGGAGCUUUGGUUGAAGAUUAGCUGCUUCCUCUCAUUUCAGGCGAGGUAUUCAUUUGUUCCUUAAUUCUUCUUCUCUCCCUUUCUUUGAUUUUCUUUGGCAGUUGAAUCAAGAUAUGAGUUCGAAUGGUACAAACCUAGAUAGAAUAAAGAACGAAGAAUUUUGUUUGGAUUUUCUGUUCUUCUUCUUCUCCUUAAUCUCCAGACGCGCACACAAACACAUAUAGCUACCUCUUUGAAAUCUCAUUUCACAGGACAGGAGAAAAUUGCUUUUGAGAAAUUCAUGGAUGCAUGUGUGGGGAAGAUUGUCGAAUUGCUCGCAGAUGGCGUGGUUAAUUAUGUCAAGCGCCAUGGGGCCUAUGUGAUUCGAUACAAGAACAAGGUCCAGCUACUCGAACAAGAAAAUAAGCAGCUGGGUGAAAUAAAGGAUAGGAUCCAGAGAAAGGUGGAUAGAGCCGAAAACAAUGGAAAAGUCAUUGAAAUUCAGGUCUCUAGUUGGCUAAAAGAGGCAGAAAACAUGGAAGGAGCCAUUGCCAACUUCCUGCAACAAGAAAACAGAGAAUCCUUCAAGUGUUUUAAGGGCUGUAUCUGUCCCAACUUAAUGUGGCGUCACAAGACGGGUAAGGAAGCUGACACGAGGAAGUCGGACGUCAGUAAACUGAUAAGUGGGGGUGACGAACUAGAGAAGUCGCCAGUGGCGCGCGAUGCCCCUUUCGAAUCGGAUCUGAAAUUUUAUUCUUCUCAGUAUUACACCACGUUCCAAUCAAGAGCUUCAGUUGUUGAGGAAAUCAAGAAUGCUUUGAAGGAUUAUGGAGUUGACAUGAUUGGGGUCCAUGGGCCUGGUGGAGCUGGGAAGACGACGAUGGUGAAGGAGGUUGCCAAAGACGCUGAGAAACUAGGAAUUUUUCAUAAGAUUGCGAUUGCAGUUGUGUCUAAAGAUCCAAAUACCUCAAAACUACAAGAAGAUAUUGCAACCCAAUUAAAUCUCGAGUAUAAAGGAAAAAGUGAGUUAGAAAGAGCAGAUGGGCUACGAAAGGCAUUGUUAAAUGGGAAAAGAAAGAUUCUGGUAAUAUUGGAUGACCUUUGGCAAUUUCUAGACUUGACAGCAAUUGGAAUUCCUACUUCGGCCCUUGGCGUCAGAGGUUGCAAAAUUUUGCUGACCUCGCGUAACAUAGAGGUCUUCCACAUGAUGGAGGUUCGUUUAUGUUUUUCCAUUGGGUACUUGGAGGAGGAAGAAACAUGGGAGCUAUUUACAAAGGUGACAGGAGAAUUUGGAGUCGAUGGAUCGAUAGCAAGAAAGGUAAGCGAGAGAUGUGGAGGUCUGCCUAUUGCUAUCGUUGCAGUUGGAGCUGCAUUAAGGGGCCAGAAAGAGUUUGUGUGGAAUAAUGCACUUCACCAAUUAGAGAAGUGCCCCCUAGAACACAUUGAAGGAAUUCAUCCAAAGGAUUAUACCCCCUUGAGGUGGAGCUAUGAUUUUCUAAAAGAAAAGGAUGCAAAGUCGUGCUUCUUGCUCUGCUGUUUGUUCCCCGAAGAUGCUGAGAUUUCUAUUGAUGAUUUGGUUAAAUAUAGCUUUGCCUUGGGGUUCCUUAGAGAGGUGGAUACGCUGAAAGUUGCAAGAGAUAGAGUAAAAGCCAUGGUUAAUAUGCUGAAAAGUUCAUGCUUGUUGCUAAAUGGAGAAGAGGAGAAUUUUGUUAAAAUGCAUGACGUUAUUCGUGACCUUGCAAUUUCUAUCACAAAGGAGAAGCAAACUGAACACGGCGGUGGUCAUGAUUGGCCAGGGCAACAACGGUUCAUGGUAAAUCAUGAUAUUCGAAAGUGGCCGAAGAAUGAUGCCUGGAAGCAUCACACAGCAAUCUCCUUAAGGAUCAAUGAUGACAACUUUCCUUUUCCUUGCGACGUGCUCAAUUGUCCCCUAGUGCAUACGCUUGUGUUGGAGUCUGGAAAAUCUUCACUUAAAAUUCCAAAUAAUUUCUUUCAAAGCAUGAAGGAGGCAAAAGUUUUAGAUUUGAAAGACAUAUUGUUGGACCUUCGGUCAUCGAUUUUGGAGUUGGAUUAUCUUCGGAUGUUACGUCUAAACAAUUGCCAAUUGUUAGGAGACAUGUCUACAAUUCAAAAUCUAAAGAAUCGCAUUGAGAUUCUUAGCUUUAAAGAAUCUACUAUAGAGGAGUUGCCACAAGAGAUUAGAGAAUUGACUCAUUUGCGAUCCUUGAAUCUAAUGGAGUGGAAUAGCCUAAAGCUGAUUCCAAAGGGCGUGAUAUCCAAUUUGAUCAAUCUAGAAGAGUUGUAUGUUACAGAAGACUUUAAGGGAUGGGAUACUACAAUAUAUGGUGGGGGAAUGAGCAAUGCGAGCAUUGCUGAGCUAAAAUCAUUGACUCAAUUAACAGUUUUAUAUGUUAGUAUUUCAGCAGAAAGUUCCAAGAUUAUGGUGCAGGAAUGCCCUGACUUAUUUAAGAAAUUGAUUAAUUUUAAUAUAUUUAUAUCCAUUGCCUACCCUUUUCAUGAUCAAUCCCGGAAUGUUUUGAAAAUUGAAGAUAUUCACCAUAUAGAUGAUAAGUUUCAUCUCUUGAUGGAUAAAGUUGAUGUGUUGAAGUUGUCCAAGAUUCAAGACUUGAGAUAUUUGUUUGGCAAGCCACAACUACAAUUUACACCAAGUGGUGGGAGAUCUUUUAGUAAAUUAACCUAUUUAGGUAUUGUUGGAUGUAAUAGCCUUAAAUAUCUCUUUUCCCCAUCCUGUGCCAAAGCACUCAAACUCCAAAAACUAAAGGUAUCGAAUUGUAGCAAAAUUGAACAAAUAAUUGGAGUAGGAGAUUAUUAUCAUGAAGAGGAAGGUGUAAUUGAUGAAGCAAUUAUUUUCAGUCGGUUGAAAAUUUUGACUUUGCGCAGCCUUUCACAAUUUAGAAGCUUUUGUCCCAAAAUGGAGAAGACAACAAUUGAGAGAGACCCUUCAAAUUGGACUACAACAGCAGAAUCUAUUUUUAAUGAAAAGGUUUCUUUUCCCGUCUUAGACAUAUUGAAUAUUGAUGACUUACCGGUGAAAGAUAUUUGGAACAAUCAAAUGAUCCAAUCUCCAAAUGGAUCAAACAAAGUAUCUUUUUCUCAAUUGAAGGACGUAAGUGUAGUCCAAUGUCAUAAUCUAGUAAAUGUGUUCCCUUCAAAUAUGCUCCCACAAUUGCAAAAUUUGGAGAGGUUAUCUGUUAGGGAUUGUUCUUCUUUGGCAUUGUUAAUUGAAGGCCUAAACUCUAACAUCCAAAGUCCUAGAGUUAAAUUUAAAUUUAUUGAUGUGUUCUCAAAGUUGAGAGAUCUUGACUUAAGGUAUUUGCCCAAGUUGAUGAAAAUAUGGCUCAAUGAUGAGGACUAUUGCUCCUAUGACAAUUCUGUCCAUUUAUACCUACAAACUAUAUCAAUCAUGAGUUGUGGUAGUUUGAGAUAUGCAUUUUCAGCUUUUGUUGCUAAACAUCUUGCGCUCAUCCAAUAUUUAAGCAUAAAAGCUUGUCCUGAAAUGGAAGUGAUAGUGUCGGAGGCUAAGGGAGAAGGAGAGAUCGAUGAUGGUACAAUGACAUUCAAGGAAUUAAAAGAAUUGUUGCUUGAAAAUUUGCCAAAUCUUAGAAGUUUUCAUGAGUACAAGUCUGAAGCAUCACAUUUAUUUAAUUAUCAGGUUUCUUUUCCCGUCUUAGAGGAAUUGAAGAUUGAUGAGUUACUACUGAAAGAUAUUUGGAGCAAGCAAACGAUUCAAUUCCCAAAAGGAUCAAAUAAAGUAUCUUUUUCUCAACUGAAGAACGUGAAUGUAACCCAAUGUCAUAAUCUGGUAAAUGUGUUUCCUUCAAAUAUGCUGCCACGAUUGCAAAAUUUGGAGAGAUUACGUGUUAGGGAUUGUUCUUCUUUGACAUUGUUAAUUGAGGAUCUCAACCUUAACAUCCAAAGUCUUACAGUUAAAUUUAAAUUCAUUGAUGUGUUUCCAAAGUUGAGAGAUCUUGAGUUAUGGUAUUUGCCCAAGUUGAUGAAAAUAUGGCUCAAUGAUGAGGACUAUUGCUCCUAUGAUAAUUCUGUCCAUUUAUGCCUGAAAACUAUAUCAAUCAUGAGUUGUGGUAGUUUGAGAUAUGCAUUUUCAGCUUUUGUUGCUAGACAUCUCGCGCUCGUCCAACAUUUAAGCAUAAAAGCUUGUCCUGGAAUGGAAGUGAUAGUGUCAGAGGCUAAGGGAGAAGGAGAAAUCGAUGAUGGUACAAUUGCAUUCAAGGAAUUAAAAGAAUUGUGGCUUAAAGAUUUGCCAAAUCUUAGAAGUUUUUAUGAGUUCAAGUUUGAAGCACCGCAUUUAUUUAAUUAUCAGGAUGCUUGUCCAAACGUGAAAACUCUCUAUUUGGGAGACUUCAAAAGUAUAGGAGAGAUACAAGUCUGGGAUCUAGCUACCAUACAAGAACAUCUACACAAUGUGAGCUUAAUUAGAUGUCAAGUCUCAACCAAGGUUUUUUCUCAUCAUAUGAAGCGAAGCUAUAGAAUGAUACAUUUACAGAAUUGCCGGGGGUUUAAACACGUUAUCGACCUUGUUGGCACAAUAAGCGUUGGUGAAGAGCACUUUAUUGAUGUGAAAAGAUUAAAGCUCUAUGACUUACCUGAGUUGGUGUCUCUAUGGAAUAAUAAUUUUCAUGAAAUUGGAGCCAUUCGAAACUUAAAGUACAUACAUAUCAAAAACUGUCCUCAAAUGAAAAAUCUGCUCACAGAUUCUAUGCCUACAACUCUUCAACACCUAGAAACGCUAGCGGUGCAAUCUUGUGAAAUGAUGGAAGAGAUUAUUGUUAUUGAAGAGAAUAAUAUUAAUAUUAUAGGGGAAGAGAAGGCAACUUGGAUUGAAUUUUCAAAAUUAGAAUCUUUGAUUCUAAUUGACCUACCAAACCUCAAAAGUUUUUGUAAUGAUGAGAGAGGUUCCUUUAACUUUUCAUCAUUGCGCGGAGUUAGGGUGGAGAAUUGCCCAAAAAUGAAGACCUUUGUUUUUGGACAAAUUUGCUUGCCGUCCCGAAUGAUGCAAGUCCUGGAAGGAGAUAAUGAGAAUGUUGAAAUCACAAAUCUCAAUGCAUAUUUUGGGGUCAGGAAUGAGGAUAGCAAUCACAUGAGCAAAAUCAUACAUUGGGGGAAUAACUUCGGGUACUUUGAAUUAUGUAACCCAGAAUAUUUCUUUGAUGACGAGGAAAUCGUGAACCUAUAUAGCUAUGAACGUGAACAAGAACGAAAACGUGAAUAUUACAGGGAUGAUUAGUACAUCACGGAACACAUAGCAAAACCUAUACAUAAGGUGAGCAAUUCAAGAUCGAUGACAUGAUGAUGAAUUAAGUCCAUUGAGUUCCAUUGGUAGGUACUUUUGAAUCAUUUAUUAUUUCCCUGUGAUGAUAUAUAUAUAGAGAGAGAGAGAGAGACAAAAACUUUUGUUGUGAGUUGUUGCUCUGUUGUCUUUUUUUUUUUUUUUUUAAAUUAUGCGUUACCACUUACGUUUUCAAAUCCAUCUCAGAGUCAUCACAAUGGAGGAAAUGUUUGAUUGUCUUUCUUAACGUUACGGGUGUUUGCUAGAUUGCUUUUGGGACAUUGUGCACGUGGUUACAUAUAUAUAUAUAUAUAUUGUUCAUGAUGUUGGGAUGUGUAAUGAAGGAUUUAUUUUUAUUAUUAAAUUAAUUAUAACAAAGUGUAUGCUUUGGACUUUUAAUUGCAGAAUUUGUUAUAAAUUUGGUUUGUAUAAUAAUAUUAAGCAUUUUUGUUUAGUUGGGUCUAAUGGAUAUAUAUAUAUAUGGAUAAACUCGAUUACUUAUAAUUAUAUAUUUAUUUUUUGGUUAAUGUUUCCCUUUAUUUUUGGAUACCAUUUAUUUAAGUUUAUAUUUGUCUUGUUUAAAAAAAAAGAAAAAGAAACCAAAAAACUGUGUAGAAUGGUUUUCAAUUAAAAGAAACAAUCUAUUGAAAAAGAAACAUAAAAAUUGCUUGGUGGUGGAGCAAAAAUUAAUACCUUAACACGAAUCUUGAGAAAAAUUGUUUGGUGGUGGAGCAAAUAUUUGAUUUAUUCAUUCACAGAGCAAUAGUUUCUUUUUGUCAACUCACUUGUCUAAACCUAUUCGUAGCUGCUUCCACCUGUAAUUUAAAUUUAAUUUUCAUCAAUAAUUAAAACACUGGCGACUAUAAUAAAAAUUUAUAUUUGCUACCAUUGAGGAUGAAUUUGGUGAAACAUGUCUAACAACAAGACUAUUUUCACUGAGUUAAUGACUUUAUAGUUUUAUCUCAUUCAAUUCAAGUCCUUUUUGAGUUUGACAUAAUAAGUGUAACGAUCCGUUGUUGGGUCUAAGCGUUAUUGAUAUUUUAUUUUGGACAUUAGAAUUUUUGUCUUUAUUAAGUUAUUAAUUUGUGAAAAUAUUAUAUGUGUUGGUAAUGAUGUGGAUUAAAGGAAAUAAUAUUUUUGUGGUAUUAUAAUGUAAGUGGUUUAAUAUUUUUGUGUAUUAUUAUUAUUAUUAUGUGAUGGAGCAAGAGAAUGAAGAAAGAUUUGCAAAUGAAUUACAUAUGUUUGUGUGUUAUUUUAUUUGGGCCUAAAAUGUAAGUGAGUCAUUUUAUUUAAUUGAGCCUAAGCCCAUGUGUAUUGUGAUAUGUUUAAUUGAAUUGAAAUGACAUGGAUUGUGUCCCAAGUUGAAAGAGUGCCCAUUGGGCCUAAGAAUGUGUUGGACUUGGGUCCAUGUGCAUAAUAUUUGUUUUUAAAUAAAUAGAAUUAUAUAUAUAUAUAUUGUGUAUUAUGUGGAUUAAAAGGAAAGAAGAAAGAAAAUGUAAAAUGCAAAGUGACCAAAUGGUUCUUUCUUUAUUGAAAAAGGUAAGGGCAAUUAAGAAAUUUCAUAAUGGGGUUGAAUAAAGAAAAUGAGAAAGAAAAAUAGAAAAUAGCAAAAGUCUAAAAUGGGCAUGGGAUAUUUUGUGUUGUGUGUAAUGUGAAGGGCAUAAUGGUCAUUUGUAGGGGUGGUAGUUGGAAGAUCACAUCCCCGUUGUCUCUUCUUUUUUUCUCAUUCUCCCUAUUUUUCUUCUUUCCCGUGCGCAUUCUUCUUCUUCUUUCAUAUUUCUGCUAUAUUUGGAGCUUUAAGAAAAUGGAUUGUUUGGCAUCUGGGCGAGCUUUUUCGAUUUUCUUUUAAGGCAAGUUCUUCUUGCACUCUUAUUUUAUGUGUGCAAGCUUCCCUUGUUUUCCAUUGUGAUGUUGUAAUGUUUCAUGGUUCUUAGUCCUCUCAUUGAUAAAAUUAUUUUUGGUAUCGAUUAGAUAUCUUAUUUGAACCGUAUCUUAUGUCAAAGAUUGUGUCAGGUCUUUGUGUUAGUCUCGUUGGGGUUUGUUCACCCCAUUUUUCAUUCAAGGAAUGACAUUUGUGAACUAGGAAGCUAGUGGUGUUUGUUUUGGGGUAUUUUGGGUCCAUUUCGUGUCUUCUGUGUGCGUUGAGUCGACUAUUUUUGGGGCUUAAUCAACUCAACAUAAACCUGUUUUCUUAGAUUUUUGGUGCCAACCUCGGUCCAGUCGACUAAUGGGGGUUGAUUAGUCGACUCAUCAAAAGUCGACUAUUGCCUCCUUAAAAGUCGACUAAUCAAUUCUUUUUUUAGCACUGCGCAUGUUACGCUAUUUUGACCAUAACUUUUGGUGUAAAAUUCAAAAUUACGAUCCGUUUGAAGCGUCAUAAACUAGACUUCGAGGGCUUUGGUUUGAUAUAUAAUAUCAUAUAAUUUGGUUAUUAUUUGAAUUGGUCAAGACUUUCCUUAAUCCAAAAUAAGCAUGAUUGUUUAUCUAAGAUGUUAUUAAUUGUUUCCUCUAGCAUCCCUCAACCCUCCAAAAUACUAAGAUGUGAUUGAAGAUAUGCAUAUGUGUAUGCAUGGGCUUAUGAGUGAAUGUGUUAUUGACACAUUUAAAUGUGCAUGAUGUUCAUGAUGUGUACAUUUUUAUAAUAGAGCAUGUAUGUUAUACUUAUGUGAGAUUCCAUAAGCAUUGCAUGAUAUUAUGAUUUGUGCCCCUAUUACUAUUAUUUUAGAGUUGCGGCUAUGUUCUGCAAAUGGAAAAAAAAAAAAAAGUGAUAUCCUAAAAAACGCCUGACACGGGUGAAGUAGCCAUAAACCUAGUAGGCAAUGCUCAAGCCAAUGAGCGACAAAUUGAUUACAUAUAUAUAUAUAUAUGUAUGUAUGUAUGCAUUCAUGCAUGUGAAUAAAGGGCUUUGAGAGCCAAUGUGAUCCAUGUAUAUGGAAGGCUGUGUGAGCCAAUGCGAUGUAUGGAGAUUUAUGUAUUCAUGAGAAAUGAAACGAUGCAUAAAAUGCAUAGUGACAAUGGCAUGGGAAUGAUUUUAAUGAUAGGAACUAAUGGGAAAUGCUAUUUGUACUUGGGAAGUUGAGUCUAUUCCACUUUGAUUUAUCUAUGCCUUAACUCUAUCACUCCAUUUGCUAUAAUAUAUGCUUGCUUAUGGAAUGGUAUUAUUAAUGAGCAUUGAAGGACGGCUUUAAAUUGUUUUGGGGAUCGAGUCGGAUGUAUUCUAUUUUGUUAUUCAUCCCUUCAUUCUUGUUUCGUUGUUAUAUAUGUAAACUUGACGAGCCUUAUGGCUUCCUUUGAAAUAUGGUUUUGAUGGAUCAUAAGAAAGUGAAUUUCUUUGAGGAUGUUGUUGUCCAAUCUAAAAGGCAUGAACCCAAUGGGUGUCUAGAUGUCAGGUAAUGAUUUUAUCUGGCUCUGAGUUGUUUAUGCAUUCGUGUAUCGUUCUAUGGGUACUUCCAUUUGCUAUAUACUUGCUGAGUCUCGUGGCUCACAUUGUUUCUUUUGUCAUUUCAAGUAAUGAAAGAUAGAUAUUUUUGGAGUGAGUUCUGGUUAAAUGUGUACAAAGAUGUUCCAACCUCAAAUAUUCAUGGGUGUAUGUUGAGAGCAAGAAAUAGAGGGUUUAUUUUAUUUUUAAAGCGUUAGUACCCUUUUAUUUUCAAAAUGUAUGGGCAGUAAGCCCAAGAUGAUGAUGUAAGGAAUGUCAUGUAAUUUAUUCUGGCUUCUAUUGUUA